UAAAAAUCGAUAAGAAGAUGUCUGUAGCCAAUGCAGCAGCAACAGAAGAACAGCGGUUAAAGAAGAAACUGCAGACAUUCCAUAGUGAACUGCUGCGGGUGGGGACAGUGAAAGGGUUCAAGUAUUUUGCUAUGUACAUGAGAGGAAGAGAAGAGAUGAUGAUCAGUGUGCUGAAUGAACCACAGGGUGUUGACAAUUCAUAUGUGACUGAUACCAGUUUAUUCAACUUUGACACUGUAACACCUUCCCCCACAGAUAGUCUAACUGCUGCCAGCUUGCCCUAUGACAAGCGCUCCCUUAUGUUGUCCAGAAGAACACAGUUAAAACUAAGUGGUCUUGGUGAUAAAGGCAUAGGAUUGCCUCCAGCUUCUCCCAGUGACAAUGAGAUGGCGAGUCAGAUGGAAAACUCGACUCUAUUCCUCCUGGCCGGCUAUGGCAGGUAUAACUGCCCCUAUGUGUGGGUGCGGUCAAAUCAUGAGAGAUUGGUCAGAAUGUCCAGAGAGGAUAUUUAUGACAAGGACAGUCCACUGAGGCUUAGGUCUACUAGUAAUGCCAAGUGGAAAAAUGAAGAAAUUCAUGUCUGGGAAAUCAUCAGAGAGUUGGUCAAGCUCUGUACGGCCCCUCCUCCCAGGAACCCCUUCGAGGUGGACUUCGAGUACUACGACCACUUGCCUCUACAGGAAAGAAUAACCAACUCCGCAGCCACCAUCAGUCUGCUGCAGGAAAUAGUGGCCACUGAUGUCGCUGACAGAUCAUAUACAGCCAAAGUUCUCGAAGACUUGCACUUGUUGACAAAGAUACACCUGCAAGACCUUAGAACUCUUAUACAUGAACAAAGGCAGCCAUCCCAACUACAGCAACAGCAAUCUCAACAGCAACAAUUACAGCAAUCUCAACAACAACAACAACAUCAGUUGCAGCAGCAACAGUGGCAACAGGCGCAGCAGUCGUAUUCACUCCCUGGCUAUAUCCAGCAGUCACAAACACAAUAUGGUUACAGGUACCAAACUGGGAUGAUGUGACAUGAUUUGACAUCACUCUAUUGGUACAUUGUCCAUAGUCAAGGUUAAAACCAAUUCAAACCAAUACAAAGCGACAAUGUAUGGUAGUACCGUUGGUUUCAAACCAGAACCGAGUUUACCAAAGUGAAUUUUAUGACAGCUGCAUGGUACCAUGCCAAACUGAAACCAAAGAGACACUGAAAGACAGAAGCACGAGAACCAUAAUAAAUGGAAGAUCCCAAAGUGUGUCACAGUAACAUGAGUACAUUAACAAAAUGCUCUGUAUUCUGAGCGUUCUUAAAAACGUGUCUUUUCACUCAGAUCGUUUGUGUAUAUAUAUGUAAUAUGUGCCAGUAGCAAUGCUUAUGUCUGCGGUUUGAUUUUAAAUUGGACAUUCUCAUUUGCUUUCCAAAGAAGUGCAAUAAAGGAUGACGUAUUUUGUAUAAUCCGA